AGGAGCCGGUAGCCAGGUUAGCAAGAGCGUUUGUCACAACUCUGUCUACUGCUGAUGAAUAGGAGGGAGACCUAGCGAAAAGAGAUUGUCCUGGUUGAUUAUUUUCGUGGAAUGGAAAGUGGUGUGUAUAAGAGUUUAGUCACUUCAAGAAAUAGAACAGAAUUCAGCCAUGGCCCCAAGGAAGAGAGGUGGACGGGGGAUCUCGUUCAUCUUCUGCUGUUUCCGAAAUAAUGAUCACCCAGAAAUCACCUAUCGGCUGCGAAACGAUAGCAACUUUGCGCUUCAGACCAUGGAGCCAGCAUUACCCAUGCCCCCUGUGGAGGAGCUGGAUGUCAUGUUCAGUGAACUUGUGGAUGAACUUGACCUGACAGACAAACACAGGGAAGCCAUGUUUGCACUUCCAGCUGAGAAAAAAUGGCAAAUAUACUGUAGCAAGAAAAAGGAUCAGGAAGAAAACAAGGGAGCAACAAGUUGGCCUGAAUUCUACAUCGAUCAGCUCAAUUCCAUGGCUGCUAGAAAAUCUCUCCUGGCUUUAGAGAAGGAAGAGGAAGAAGAGAGAAGUAAAACUAUAGAGAGUUUGAAGACAGCACUAAGGACAAAACCAAUGAGGUUUGUAACCAGAUUCAUCGACUUGGAUGGCCUGUCAUGUAUUCUCAACUUUCUAAAGACCAUGGACUACGAGACCUCAGAGUCUCGAAUACAUACCUCUCUCAUUGGAUGUAUAAAGGCGCUAAUGAACAACUCUCAAGGUCGGGCUCAUGUCCUGGCUCACUCUGAGAGUAUUAAUGUGAUUGCUCAGAGUCUGAGCACAGAGAACAUUAAAACGAAGGUGGCCGUGCUGGAAAUCUUGGGCGCCGUGUGCCUGGUUCCCGGGGGCCACAAGAAGGUUCUGCAGGCCAUGCUGCACUACCAGAAGUAUGCCAGUGAAAGAACCCGCUUUCAGACGUUGAUUAAUGACUUGGAUAAAAGCACAGGGCGGUAUCGAGAUGAAGUGAGUCUCAAGACUGCCAUCAUGUCCUUCAUCAAUGCAGUGCUAAGCCAAGGUGCAGGAGUGGAAAGUUUGGACUUUAGACUUCAUCUUCGCUAUGAAUUUCUGAUGUUAGGAAUUCAGCCUGUAAUAGAUAAAUUAAGGGAACAUGAAAAUUCAACAUUAGAUAGACAUUUAGAUUUUUUUGAAAUGCUCCGAAAUGAAGAUGAACUAGAAUUUGCCAAAAGAUUUGAACUGGUUCACAUAGACACAAAAAGUGCGACUCAGAUGUUUGAGCUGACCAGGAAGAGGCUGACCCAUAGUGAAGCUUACCCUCACUUCAUGUCCAUCCUGCACCACUGCCUCCAAAUGCCUUACAAGAGAAGUGGCAACACCGUUCAGUACUGGCUACUACUAGAUAGAAUUAUACAGCAAAUAGUUAUUCAAAAUGACAAAGGACAGGACCCCGACACCACACCUUUGGAAAACUUUAAUAUUAAGAAUGUCGUACGAAUGUUGGUUAAUGAAAAUGAAGUUAAGCAGUGGAAAGAACAAGCGGAAAAGAUGAGAAAAGAGCACAAUGAGUUACAACAGAAAUUGGAAAAGAAGGAGCGUGAAUGUGAUGCCAAGACCCAAGAGAAGGAGGAGAUGAUGCAGACCUUAAAUAAAAUGAAAGAGAAACUUGAAAAGGAGACUAGCGAGCAUAAGCAAGUCAAGCAGCAGGUGGUGGAUCUCACGGCACAGCUCCACGAGCUCAACAGGAGAGCUGUCUGUGCUUCAAUCCCAGGUGGACCCUCACCUGGAGCCCCAGGGGGGCCCUUUCCUUCCUCUGUACCAGGGUCCCUCCUUCCGCCCCCACCACCUCCACCCCUGCCAGGUGGGAUGCUUCCUCCUCCGCCCCCUCCCCUUCCUCCAGGCGGCCCUCCCCCUCCCCCGGGACCGCCUCCCUUAGGGGGGAUCAUGCCACCUCCUGGUGCUCCACUGGGUCUGGCACUCAAGAAGAAAAACAUUCCUCAGCCCACAAAUGCCCUGAAAUCCUUCAACUGGUCUAAGCUGCCCGAGAAUAAACUGGAAGGCACAGUAUGGACCGAAAUUGAUGAUACAAAAGUCUUCAAAAUUCUAGAUCUUGAAGACCUGGAAAGAACUUUCUCUGCCUACCAAAGACAGCAGGAUUUCUUUGUGAACAGUAACUCCAAGCAGAAAGAAGCAGAUGCCAUUGAUGACACACUGAGUUCCAAACUUAAAGUCAAAGAACUUUCAGUGAUUGAUGGUCGGAGAGCUCAGAAUUGCAACAUCCUUCUGUCGAGGUUGAAACUGUCCAAUGAUGAAAUCAAACGGGCAAUUCUAACAAUGGACGAGCAGGAAGAUCUGCCCAAGGACAUGUUGGAACAGCUCUUGAAAUUUGUUCCCGAAAAAAGUGACAUUGACCUGUUGGAGGAACAUAAACAUGAACUGGAUCGGAUGGCCAAGGCUGAUAGAUUCCUUUUUGAAAUGAGCCGAAUUAAUCAUUAUCAGCAAAGACUACAAUCACUGUACUUCAAAAAGAAGUUUGCAGAGCGUGUGGCAGAAGUGAAACCUAAAGUAGAAGCAAUUCGUUCUGGCUCAGAAGAGGUGUUUCGGAGCCGCGCCCUGAAGCAGUUGCUAGAAGUGGUUUUGGCAUUUGGAAAUUACAUGAAUAAAGGCCAAAGAGGCAAUGCAUAUGGAUUCAAGAUCUCCAGCCUAAACAAGAUUGCUGACACAAAAUCUAGUAUUGACAAGAACAUCACACUUUUGCACUAUCUCAUAACUAUUGUGGAAAAUAAAUACCCCAAGGUCCUCAAUCUAAAUGAAGAACUGCGGGACAUUCCUCAAGCAGCAAAAGUAAACAUGACUGAGCUGGACAAAGAAAUAAGCACCCUGAGAAGUGGCCUAAAAGCAGUAGAGAUGGAGCUGGAAUAUCAAAAGUCUCAGCCCCCACAACCCGGAGACAAGUUUGUGUCUGUUGUCAGCCAGUUCAUCACAGUGGCCAGCUUCAGCUUCUCUGAUGUGGAAGACCUUCUAGCAGAAGCUAAAGACCUGUUUACUAAAGCAGUGAAACACUUUGGGGAAGAGGCUAGCAAAAUCCAGCCGGAUGAGUUCUUCGGCAUUUUUGAUCAGUUUCUUCAAGCCGUGUCAGAAGCCAAACAAGAGAACGAAAACAUGAGAAAGAAGAAGGAGGAGGAGGAACGCCGUGCUCGCAUGGAAGCCCAGCUCAAAGAACAACGUGAAAGGGAACGUAAAAUGAGGAAAGCAAAAGAGAAUAGUGAAGAGGGUGGAGAGUUCGAUGACCUGGUUUCAGCUCUACGCUCAGGAGAAGUAUUUGACAAAGACCUUUCUAAACUGAAACGGAAUCGCAAGCGUAUUACCAACCAGAUGACGGACAGCAGCCGAGAGAGACCAGUCACAAAACUUAAUUUCUAAUUUUCCUUGGAUACUUUUUUAGAACGCUCAUUAGCAGCCCUUUGAAGUGACUAGAACUUUUCAUUACACUGCCUUGCAAUCCAAACAGUGGCAAUUUCUUCCUUCAUCUGUGAGUGAAUGCGUGAAUGUAUGUGUAUGUAAAUGUAUGUGUACAUAUAUAUUAAAAAAAUGUAUAUAGAAGUCUGAGUGUUGUCUGGAGACCUAUAUGUAUGGUUAAAAAAAAAAAAUCUAUGUUAAUGUAUGUGCUCAGAAACCCUUUGUGUAUGCAUUCAUAAUGAGUAUGGCUCAUUUUCUUCCCCUGAACACCACGGCUAUUCAGAAGCACAAUGCUAUCUCCUGAAAGAGAUGACAGAGACAUUCCCUAGAGUAAAAAGGAAAAACAAAAGCAAAAAAAAAAAA